AUUGUUUUUACUUGUGUCUGUAUGGUGAUUGGGAGAGACUCGGCGGUGAAGUAUCACUGUCUGUUUGUUUCUUUUUUAUGCCACUUGAAAAAAAAAAAAACCCCUCUCUCAGAUUCCAAAGGAACCUUGCAAAUGCUAUUUUUACACUCGCUUUGACCUCAAAGCUGCGAAAAGUCUCGGCUUUACUCAACGGGACGAUCCAAAGCGUUGACGCUUGUUGCUGGUGAGCAGAGCAAGGCUGUCAUUUUCGCCGCCGUUAGUGAUGCUUUGUUCUAAAGAUUGAAGACCCUUUUUGCCCUGUACGGUAAUCUGGUUUCCCAUUUCAUUUGAGUUAGACUUUUAAGUGUUUUGCUUCCGAAUCUCGUUGUCUCAGGGUCGUCAUUGAUGGUGUUAAUGUUACUGUGGUUUGAUUUGAAAAGGUAUUGAAGGGUCCUUAAUACUCCGAUUUGUAUUAAUUUUGUUACGUUUGUUGUGAAUCAGAGCCUGUCUAGAUUCCCAGCACAUUGUUAAGAUAAGAGAGAAAAAGUUUCGUUUUUUUAAGAAUGAGUUGGAUUGAGUUUUUGUAGUAUUCUUGAGAACGUAUGCAAUGGGACAACUUAUGUAUUACCAGCACUGAUGUAUUAUUGAGAACGUAGACAAUGGGACAACUUAUGUAUUACCAGCACUGAUGUAUUAUUGAGAACGUAUACAAUGGGACAACUUAUGUAUUUGAGAACUUUAGUUUAUAAAUCAAGUCAAGAGCGAUGAGAAUGUGAUAGAUUUGAAUGUUUUUCAGUGCAAUGAUAAUGUUAAGAUGCUACUAGGAGCUAUUGAGUUAGUGAGAAACUAGGAUUGGAUUGGUUUUUUUUGCUUUGAUGGCUUCUAUUAGAAGAACCUUGUCUCCGGUUCCUACAGCCGGAACUUUAUUGAAUGGGGAUGCUUGUUCGGUUGCUUCACCUUUAUCAAAGACCUCAUCAAGUACUCAGAAUCACCCUCCAGCUUCCAGUGGACUGUUAUCUUCUCUUUUCAGUUCACUGGAUCCUCAAACUUCGAUUCUUGGUGUGUCCUCACCAAGACCUUCCAGAUUCCUUGACAGAUCAAAACCAAAGGGGCAAAUAUGGAGGAGAGCUGUUUCUCAUUUCUUGAUUUGUUUUGUGGUUGGGGUUUUUGCUGGGCUCACCUCAUUUGUUUCCAUGAAUUUGUCAACAAAUCUUAUAUCAGAGCAACAUGCGUUCACCUUUGAUAUGGUUUCUGCUGUUGGGACAUUUCAAACAUACAAUGGUACAAGCAAUGAAGGAGUGCUGAUAAAAAGUGAUGGUAAUGAGAGAGAUGCAAGGAUAGAAUCAGAAGUGAAGGAACUCAAAUCAGUAGAUGUUGUAUCUAAUGAUAACUCUGCUAAUCAAGAUUCAGCUUUGGUCCAUCGAAAGCUUUUAAUAAUUGUGACCCCAACAGAUACUCAAGCAUUUCAAGCCUAUUAUCUAAACCGUUUGGCACAGACAUUGUGGAUGGUCCAACCUCCUCUGUUGUGGAUAGUUGUGGAAAUGACCUCCCAAUCUGAGGAAACAGCUGACAUCCUAAGGAGAACUGGGGUUAUGUACAGGCAUCUUGUUUGCAACAAAAAUCUAACUGAUGUGAAAGAUAGAAGAGUCUACCAAAGGAAUGUGGCACUAUCUCAUAUUGAAAAUCAUCAUCUUGAUGGCAUUGUCUACUUUGCUGAUGAGGAUAAUGUAUACUCUCCUGAUCUUUUUGAGCAGCUGAGAGAGAUCAGGCGAUUUGGAACAUGGACGGUGGCCAAAUUAACAGAAAACAGAGUCAAAGCUGUCUUGGAGGGUCCCAUUUGUAAUGGAACUCAAGUCAUUGGGUGGCAUAUAAAUGAACCAAGCAGGAGUUUUCGAAGAUUCCAUGCUGAAAUGCAAGGGUUUGCCUUCAAUAGUUCUAUUCUCUGGGAUCCAAAGCAAUGGCACCGACCUACCCUUGAACCUAUUCGGCAGAUUGAUACAACUAAGGAUGGGUUUCAAGCAAGCACAUUCAUCGAACAAAUUGUGGAAGAUGAAAGCCAAAUGGAAGGCUUGCUGGAGAACUGCUCGAGAAUCAUGGUUUGGCUUCUUCCUUCAGAGUCAUCUAACUCAUUCUAUCCUCAGAAAUGGUUCUUGAAGAAUAAUCUUGAUGUCAUUUCCCCACUUGCAUGAAGUUCCAGACAUGGAAGAAGUAAAUUUGAAUGGUGACAGAUAAAUCAGUUGAGUAGUAUGGUCAGAGACACUCCUAAUUGUGGUUACAACUUGUCCCAGAUUUAGGCUGGCCGAUGCUUGCUUAGAGUUCUCACUAACGUCAGCACUAAGGCUGGUUCAUACACCCCUUUUUUAGAUUGUCGAAGAACUGCAAAAAAAUUGCUGAGUAAUCUUUUUUUUUGGUACAUGUAUGAAUUGCUCAACUUGUCCACUGAGUUGCAGCCUAUGUUCAAAGAGGUGAAUUUAAUGUGGCUUAAGUUAGACAGGAUGGACCCAUCCACUGUUUAUGAGUUGCAUAGAUGUAAUUAUUUUGUACGCCCUGAUUUUCAUGUUAUACUUUCCGUGGGGUGAAAGCUAAAGCAGUACGCUUAGUAGUUUGUUCUCGGAUUCAUUCAA